CCUAACCAAAUGGAAUUUACGUAUAGGAAUCAACUACAAUCACCGCGAUACUUCACUCAAUUCACAACAACGUUUGGACUUGAUCAUAAGAUCCUUGGUCUACUAGUGACUACUUGCCAAUUGACUCCCCAGAGACACAAGCAAUUAGUUAUUUACUCCACAUAUCGUUGCUUUAAUUGCACCUCGAUUGCUAGGUCUCUAUUCCCCCCUCGCCGAUUCUACCUACCCCUUAGCUGGAUGAUAGAGAAGGAUAGAAGUAGAGGUUAGACUUGGAUUUGGGCGCGCUUGGAGGACGAGGUUACAGCGUGCUAGGAGAAAGGGUGCAUGCUAUAAUCUAGGACCAUGGCUGCUACUAGCCAACGUCGGGUUGCCAAGGAACCAUUCCGAAUUCACCGCGACGAACCCGUGGGCGAAACGUCCGACGUCGAAGAGUCUACGCAAAGCCACCCCCAACGAGCUGAAGAUGAAUAUGAUGACCAUGAUGAACACGAAGAUCCGCUGGAGGAUGUUGAAGAUGAAGAGCAAGAGAACCCCCUCGUUGACGACGAUGGUAGUGAUACCGAGUCGGAUGACACUGACGAGAUUGAUCUAAGUGUCCAGCACGAUAUGGACAAACUUCAGGCUACGUUUCCCGACUUUAAGGACAAGUAUCGCUUGAUAAAGCGUAUUGGCGAAGGAACCUUUUCUACCGUCUACAAGGCCGAAGAUAUCCAGUAUCACCAAUACGAGAAUAGCUGGGAUAUGGACGCCGCAGAAAACCAAUGGCGACCUCCACCUCUCAGGGACGCUUCUCGUUCUCGAUCUGACUCCCACUCUUCUCGUACCCGCCAGAAGCCAAAGUUUGUGGCAAUCAAGAAGAUCUAUGUCACAUCUUCGCCCGCCCGUAUUCUCAAUGAACUCGAACUUCUUCAUGACCUACGCGAUUCCAAUUCCGUCUGCCCCCUUAUCACAGCUUUCCGCCAUGCCGACCAAGUUCUCGCCGUCCUUCCCUAUUUCCGCCACCAAGACUUUCGAAAAUACUAUCCUCACAUGACUGUAUACGAUAUGAGAGUAUACUUUCGGUCCCUUUUCACAGCUCUUGCCGCUGUCCACGAAAGAGGCAUCAUCCACCGCGAUAUCAAGCCUACCAAUUUUCUCUACGACCCGGAUAAGAAGCGAGGAGUCCUAGUGGAUUUUGGUUUGGCCGAGCGAGAAGGACUAGAAUCCAAGCCGUGCCUCUGCCAAGAAGAUCAGAAGAUCAGGAAGCAGAGAUUGCAACAAUCCGUCGCCUUUAGCUCGGCUCAGGCGGGUCCCCAGUUAGGGUACCCGAUAAACGAUACUCGACCCUCUCGUCGAGCAAACAGGGCCGGCACACGUGGAUUCCGGGCUCCCGAGGUGUUGUUCAAGUGUACGGAACAGACGACCAAGAUCGAUAUCUGGUCCGCGGGCGUCAUCCUCCUGACUAUCCUCUGUAGGCGCUUUCCCUUCUUCAACAGCGCAGACGAUAUCGAGGCCAUGAUCGAAAUCGCCACUAUCUUCGGCUCCAAACGUAUGAAGCACGCGGGUCAACUUCACGGCUGCAUGUUCGAGACUACCAUCCCGACUAUCGGCGAGAGAGGCUUUAGUUUCGAGAAGAUCAUGCUGUGGAGCACGUGCCGGAGCGACGGUGGCAAGGACGGGAAGUCCAACACCCUGACCGAGGAAGAGAAGGGGGCUAUCGAGUUUCUAACUCGGUGUAUGGAGUUGGAUCCCAAUAGGAGAAUCAGCGCGAAGGAGGCCCUAAGGCACGAGUUCUUGCGGGUGGACGAGGAGGCGGACGUAGAGCCCGAAACGGAGGACGAUGUGAUGAUGUUAUGAUAGCUCUGCUUUGGAUUGAGCUUUAAUGUUUUGGAGAUGGGGGUGUAUUUUACGCCACGCGACUCCCAGCAAUGCUACGACUUUUACGGGCUUGUCCGGGCGAACAGCUACCAUGUACCAAACCUAAUGCGGCGAGAGUCGCCGAUCAAGCUCCCGUUUCAGGGGAGCGUACCUAACCGGCGCUGAUAAGUCUAGUUGGGUCACACCAUCCGGUGGCUAUAUAGUAUAAGAUACUAUAAUUCUAUAUGAAUCAUCAAGUGUAAAAUGUGUUUGGUUACGGAUCGCCUUGUGUACUGGAAAGGGGCGGUGUUACUUAGCCACGCGUAAACACCGCCUCCUUUCGCUAGAUUAAGU